AAUUCAGAUACUCGAAACUCAAAACAAGACUUCUUUAAAUCGAACAAAGAAACCAUUUUAGAUUCAUUGAUUUUUUCGGUUGGUUGGUGAAAGAACAACAGAAAGUGAAAAUAAAAAAAACAACGCUUCGAAGAAGGAAACCGUAUUAUUAACAAAUUUUAAAGUACUACAAAAACAAAAAAAAAUCUCUGCUAAAUAAGUGAUUUUUUUCCUUGUGUGUUUGUGUGAUUUAUAACAGGAGGAUAUUCUGGCCAGACAGGCUCGUCGCUUCAAAGAAAUACGUUAAAGGAGUUACUUACGACAAGGUCAAGGAGGUUCAACAAGAUGUGGCGCCUUGCAGCUAUUUUAAUGACUUUUUCUCUAAACUUAUGCCUGGCAGCAGUCUAUACGCAUCGACCUUUAUACACCAGACAAUCACAGAUUCAGGCACGUGAAACAACCACCUGUGAAGGACGUCAAUUACCAGGACCCAUAUGCGAAUCGUGCGAUCUGUUGGCCACCUGUGUCAAACAUUCCACGGGCUGGGUCAAUAUACCCGUAGAGACAUGUGAUACCCAGAAUGGUUUCUAUUGUAAUUCACUGCUGGGUAGAUGCAGCAAUGAAACCGGACCCUGCCAUCCCCUAAGUGCCGAAGGUAAUUUCCCAUGCACAUCGCAUGGUGUUUUCCCCGAUCCGUAUGAUUGUCAGAAAUAUCACAUGUGCUAUUUUGUCGGACCCACACUGGUAUCGGCUACGGUAAAUUGUGGCGGUGACAAGGCCUUCAAUCCAGCCACUGGCCAGUGUUCGUUGACCCUAACACAUUCGGUUUGCCAAAAUCAACAGUUCAUUUGUGAAAAUGCUGGCGAUGCCCAUGGUUGGCCCAUGAGUCCGAAUAUCUUCUAUAUUUGCAAAGCAAGCACCAACCAGGAUGAACGUAUCCUUUAUCCUACUUUGUAUCGUUGUGAUGAUGGUGAAGUAUUUGAUGGUUACUAUUGUCGUCCCGCCGCCCCUGGAAGUCAGAUGCCAAGUCUACCACCUUCCAUGGAAGUGGUUAAUAAUCCUCCUUCCGUCCAGGUGCCAACACAAGCACCACUUAUUCCGGAUCAAACUGGAGCAAAACCUAAGGUGUGUUCUGAAAUUGGCCUGUUUGCCGAUACUGGCGAUUGUCACAAAUAUUAUUAUUGUUCGGCCAUCAGUGGUAGUUUGAGGCAAAUGGAGUGUCCCACCGGUACUGUUUUCAAUGAAGCCCUGUCCUCUUGUACCCUCGGAGAAUGUUAAUAAAACAAAUAAACUAUUUUUGUAUGAUUUGACUUGCAAUUAACUUUUUAAAUAAACUCCUAAUUUUCAUCCA